AUGUCGUCGAAGAAGGACAUGCGCAGGGCCGAUCUCGCGAUCCCCUAUGUCGAGCCCCCCAAGAGCGACAGCGAUGGCGACCUGGGCGGUACAUCCUCCCUCCCGUGA